UUUUUUUUUCUCUCACAUUCUUUCGUUUUUAUUUCGUUGUUUCUUUUCUCUCUCUUUUUUUUCUUAUGUAUUUUGUUGAUAUCACCAUCUUUAAUAAUUUGUCAUAUGAAUUCAGAAGCACCAGUCAAUGCGGGACAUGUGUAUGCGAAUGCUGCCGAAGAUUACGAAGACAGGGAAUUAUGGACAGAAGCUAUUCAAGCACAUGAAAAUGCAGCUGAACAAUUUCAAAAAGCUUUGGAAUAUACCCAAGAUGCUGAAGCUGGCAAGUCUUUACGACUCUUGAUGGCUAACCAUACAAGAAAAGCAAAGGAUUUGGAACGGAAGGUCGCAAAGUCUCUACAGGAACAACAACAACGACAAAAAGAACGUCAAUUACUACAGCAGAAACAACAACAACAGCAACAACAACCAAAUAUUUAUUCUCCAACAUCUGAAGGCAACAAACAACGACCUCUAUCAGGACAUAUUAUUGGUGCUGGUGGCCUAAAUAGUAGUGGAAAAGAUGGUAUCAAUAUGAAUGGUCUUUUGAAUGCACUACCUGCUACCCCUUCUUCACCUCGAGGUAAUUCAUCUGGACAAAUACGAUUGGACAAGAAUAAAAACAAUGAUGCUUCUCAACAUGGUACUAUUGGUGAAUCUUAUGCUUUACUAUCAACUGAUAAUGAUGAAGAAGAUGAUGACGAUGCCUCCGAUCCAUUUAACAAGUUUUUCCAAGCGGUCGAAACACUGGUGGAACAAUUAUCAAAUCCUGUAGCUUUUGCAUCAGCACCUUUAAAUGAAGAUGAUAUACCAACUCCUUAUCACCAAAAAUUACUCUCUGCUGAUAAUACCACCAAUUAUCCUUCCUCUGAUAAUAGUACUACGUUGGAUCAUCCAAUUGAUAUGUCAACCAUGAUGGAAUCGUUUUUCUUUGUUCCAGAACAUGAUGGUGGCGCUACAGAAUCAAGUAGUGGAUCAUCUGCUUCCUCUACAACUGGUGGUGGUCAAGAGAAGAUAAAACUUCAAAUGGAAAAUGAACAAUUGAAACGUCGCGUUGAACAGUUAUCCCGACGUUUGAUGACUUUGGAAAAGACUGCGGAAGAAAGUCAUAUGUUGAAAAGUAGUAUAUUACAAUUCAGAAAUGAUGUACAACGACAGGCCAAAAGAAUUAUGCAAACACAUGACUCAGCAUCUUUACGAACAUCAUCUGUGGCAUUACUUGGAAAUAGUGGCAUUAAUGGUGUUGGAAGUACUCACCAUAGUUAUCCUAGACAUCCGGGAAUGAAUCAAACUACUGGUAGUACAUCAGAAUUAGUCACGCGAUUAAAGGAAACAGAAGAAGAAAAUAGACGACUCAAGGAUCAAAUUGAAAAGCAACAAGUAUUAAUGAAGAAGUAUCAAGAAAGAUGGGAAAAACUCAAGGAAAGUGCCAAAAAACGACGUGCUCAACCAUCAGAUAUAACAAACAAUAAUACAAAAAACAACAGUGAUUCUGGACAUGGUGGCGGCAUGACACCUGAAUAUCAUCGACCUUAUUCUUCACGACCACCGGCCCUAUUGCGAUCCUUAGCACAGCAAUCUACUUCAGCACAUCAUCCACCUUUUGCAUCCUCAUCAUUGGCAAGAUCGAGUAGAAUAGCAUCGGAUGAUUGUCAAUUAUGAAUGGAUAUCUAGAGUUUUUUUCUUUUUUUAUAAUCUCUCCCAAUAAAAAAUUUUUUGACCCUGAUGUGAAACCAAC